GGCGAGCAGUGGUGGGUGAACGGCGCCAUCAUGGAGGGGGGGCGGCAGGUGGCUAACUUCGGCGCUGGGCCGGCCAAGCUGCCGCGCUCUGUGAGUACGGGCUGGGGCCUUCCAGGUGUGGCGGCGAGGUGGGGGGCAUCGCUGGGGCGCGCUGAGAGUUGCGGGCAGCCGCGCUUGGCGGGGCGGAUAGCUCUCUGGGGCUGCGGUGGGCGUCGCUCCCUGUGCGGCCCUCUGGGGCUGCCGCUGCCGAACGGGGGCUGGGAAGCUGAGGUAAACAGCGGUAAAGUCGACCGCGUAGCUCUCCGUUCCUUUAUCCCGGCUGCCGUCCCAUGUAAGCGAGCUCUGAGCAGCUGCCCCUUCUCCCGGAGCGGCUCCGCCGGCGCUGCAGCACAGCCGUGCUGGCGCUGUCCGGCGCCGACACGGCUUCUGCGUGGAGCGCUGGAGUCCCAUCGGUGCGUUGCGUGUCUGUGUCGAGUUUGAUACUUACCAGCUGAUAGAGGACACAGCAACCCAGUGCCAUCUCUUCGUUGAAAGAAAUGAUAAUGAGUGCAGCGCAGACUCAACUCUGUGGGAAGUUGCAUCAGCAACCGUGAAUUACCCAGUUGCAUAUGGAGCGGGGGUGGCUCGUGCUGGAUUACAGGCAUCCGACUGUCAGCGUAGGAGCGAUGUUCCGUGAGAGUUUGUGGUUCUUGCCUUGGUUUCCUCCAUAGUUUUCUUUCUUAUUGUCUAUGUUAUUGCUUUACCAGUUUUACUAGAUAAACGAGCUUGCUCUACAGCAGUAUUUUUUACGAGUUCCCUCCUGGAAACGUCCCCUAUAGAUCACACUGCGAAGACAUUGAUUGCUCCAUAUGGUAGAACUGCUUGCUCAGAAAAAAGCUCUUGCCGUGACUGCAGCAGUGUUGGUGACACUGUCACAGUUAACUGGGUGUUUGAGGAGGGCCCAGCUGUGCUCCAAGCUGCUGGUUACUUAAGCUCCUUCAAAAACAGCCGCAGGAACGGGCUCUGCUGCCACAUUGUUUCACACUGUUUGACUUUGAGGUGAUGCUGCAUGCAGAGUGCUCAGGCUGCCUGAAGACAGAGCUCUUCCUGCCUACUAAGGCAUGUGCAGGCUAUCAGAUAAUCUGCUACCAACAGAACUGGAUUCCACCUAGCAGUUUAACAAGCCCUUUCUGAUGCUCUGCAAGUUCGCUCUAACUUUUUAAACUCUCAUUUGGCAUGGGUGUGUUUGCAAUGUGAAACACAUUUGUUAAAAUACUGUGAUCUUGGAGAUGAAAAGCAGCACAGCUGUUCAUGGUUGAACUGCUGGUGACCAGCUUUACAGUUGACAGAUCUCACAGAUGCCCUGUCAGCAAAGCGGUUUCAUUGCUCUUGCAACUGCCUGAAGCAUGCGGUGUCUUGGCAGACCCUGAGAUCUGUGUGUACAGCGGUUGCUUUCCUACUGGAUUUUCAUCUCCUGCUUCUAUUUGGAGGGGCUAAGAAAGCUUUGCCUCUGAUACAGUAGUUCACUGAAGCCAGAAGUAAUGAUGACGCAGAUGGUUAGGAUCUAAUUCUGCUCUGUUGAUGUGUGAGAGCUACCGAAGAAAGGCAAAUGAAAGGCUGAAGCAGCAGAUCAGCUUGCCAAGGCUCCUAAAAGUAACCUGACUUCUGUUGCCUCAGAGCUUUUUUUUAAUUAUUUUCUUAUCUUUCAAUAACAGAGAAGGUGCAUCUUCAGAAAGUGCAGGACUUUGUUCUAUGAAACCGGGCCUUGUGGUAUUGAGUCCCUGUGAGGUAUUAUUAGCAGCACAGAAAGAAUUGGUGGACUACAAAGGACUUGGUAUUAGUGUUCUUGAAAUGAGCCAUCGGACCUCGGACUUCUCAAAAAUUUUAAAUACAGCUGAAAAUCUCCUGCGUGAAUUGCUAAACGUACCAGAAAACUACAAAAUUAUUUUCCUCCAAGGAGGUGGAUCUGGUCAGUUCAGUGCGGUUCCACUAAACCUUAUUGGCUUAAAGGAGGGAAGACAGGCGGAUUAUGUGGUUACUGGAGCUUGGUCAGCAAAAGCUGCUAAAGAAGCAGAGAAGUAUGCCAAAGUGAAUAUUGUUCAUCCGAAACUAUCAGCCUAUACAAGCAUUCCUGACCCAGGCACUUGGAAUCUCAAUCCAGAUGCAUCGUAUGUGUACUACUGUGCUAAUGAGACUGUUCAUGGUGUGGAGUUUGACUUUGUACCUGAUGUCAAAGGCGCAGUCUUGGUUUGUGAUAUGUCAUCAAAUUUCCUGUCGAGGCCUGUGGAUGUUUCCAAGUUUGGUGUGAUUUUUGCUGGUGCUCAGAAGAAUGUUGGCUGUGCUGGAGUUACUGUUGUGAUAGUACGUGAGGACUUGCUGGGAUUUGCACUGAAGGAAUGCCCUGUGGUAAUGGAUUACAAAACACAAGCAGUGAAUGGCUCUUUAUAUAACACUCCACCAUGCUACAGUAUCUAUAUCAUGGGACUGGUACUGGAGUGGAUAAAGAACAAUGGUGGAGCUGCAGCCAUGGAUAAACUUAGUUUAAUCAAAUCACGAAUGAUUUAUGAUAUUAUAGAUAAAUCUAAUGGAUUCUAUGUAUGUCCAGUGGAGAAGAAGAACCGAAGCAGAAUGAAUGUCCCCUUCCGCAUUGGCAGUAUCAAGGGUGAUGAGGCCCUGGAAAAGAAAUUCCUUGAGAAAGCUGUGGAACUUAACAUGAUAUCUCUGAAAGGACAUCGAUCUGUGGGAGGAAUUCGUGCCUCUUUAUAUAAUGCGGUGACUGUAGAAGAUGUUCAGAAGCUUGCGACGUUCAUGAGAAGCUUCAUGCAGAUGCAUCAGUCCUAAAUGCUCAUGGGUUAGAGCCAUGCUGCACAUCAAUGAAAUAAAAGCUAAAGUGUUUGAAAAUUACUGUGCUUCUGCACAGCCACAACGCACAAAUUACAUAUUCUUUUAGUUCCAGUAGCUAUUUUAGUUAUCUGCAUGGAAUUGAGGCCCAAUCUUGCAAGGGCUUGACAGCCUUGGCUCCUAUCUGAAGAUGAAGAUUAUUAGACUGAUCAAGAUUGGAACGAAAAUUUGCAAAGCAAUAUUCUGAAUGUAUAGUUAAAGCAUUGCAAGAUGCUAUGGAUCUCAAUUCUGACCAUAGACAUGCCACUACAAUGCUCAGUUGAAAUUAGUCACUCUUGAAUUAUACAUAAACCCAGAAUAGGAAUCAGUACUUCCAUUUGGGGGGGGAAAAAAAAAAAAUCUCACCUGUCUCUUGUUGCUAAUUACAAUAUGACUUCUUUGAAUAUACCUUAUCAGUACAUUCCUGAAGGCAAAAUUUCUUAAGUUUUCUUUAGAGCUUUAUACAGACUAUAUGACUGCACAGUGAGUGGUGAACUAACAUCAAGUGUUCUCUAAGGGUAUCUAGUCAGUUUAUCAGAUAUUUCUGUAGUAGUUUUCAGAAGUUGAUAUCUAGUUUCUGAACUUCAGGCCAAUGUGUUUAAAGCUUUGCUUCCAUGCUUGAGUGUUAGGACAGUCCCAUGCAGUAGUACACACUAGUGAAGUCUAGGACUGGGUCUUUUUUGGUAUUACUAUUUACUGGUUGGAAGCUAAGAUGCAUGGACUUAAAUCAGUAUAUAAGAAGUUUCUCUAUGUAGCUUAUAUUUUAAACUUCUUUAGUUUAUUAAUUUUGUAUUCUUAUAUUGGAGUGUGCAUAUUGCUGCUCCCACCAAAAGCCUGUUUUAAUUUGCUACCCUUGUGUCAAAUUGGAUUCCUGUAUUCCACUCAAUGAAUCUAUGACUUUCUCUGUACUGACUUCUUAGUCCAAAGUGUCUUUCCUCUCCAAGUGUUUUCUUUGCCUUCUUGUUACUUCAGUUCUGUCACCUUUUAUAUGUGGGAUUCUGCCCAGUGCUGUAAGUGGAAGUCUUGACUUCUGACUAUUCCUUACACUACAUCACAUUUUAGGUCUAAUUUUCUUACUUGAAUCUUGUGGCUUAUUCCAGACUUUGAUACUCUGGGGUAGGGGAGGAACUAUGUUAAUGCAAAGAUCUUCAGAAGAUCUUCUAUGCAAUACCCUACUUGGGUUACUUUUCCUUCUUGGCCUGUGAAUUUGGUGCCAAUUAAUGUAUAUUGAUAGUGGCUUCCUGUUUUAAAUUACUUAAAGGCUCUCUGAUAAUAUCGCAACAUUUAAUAUUACCACAACUGAUUUCAGACCACUAAGUUUCUGGUAAAGAAUUGAGUCUUUUUGUUUUAUGUAACACUAAUACUGUGGUAACAAUCUAAUAAUGCUAAUGAUGGACUGCUCCUUUCCUUGUGAAUCCUCACAGCAAGUCAGGGGAUAGGGGCGAGGGGUGACUUCCUCUUGUCAUCGUUUUAUGACUGCUGUUAGGAGAUUUUUGUCAAUGUCAUGUAACUCAAAAUAAUUAAAUGAAGUGGGUGAAGAAAAUAAAACUUGUCACAGCAUGCUGUGAAGCA